GAUCAACAAAAAUGGGACCCGAAGAGCCUGAAGAGAACAUCACUCACAUGGAUGCUUGGCUGUAUAAGGCAGCAGCAGAAGGCAACGUUGAAGUAUUCAAUAAUAACCAGGAGCUUCAACUUGAGUUGCUAAAGACCCCAAACCAUGACAACGUGCUCCAUCUUAACUUGGCAACCAAGGAGAAUGUUCUCUGGCUUUUUAACAGAUUUCACACAAUAUUCGAAGAAUUCCCCGCAGAAUAUGUAUUAUUCCAUCGGUGUUUGAGUAUUUUCAUUACUAUGAUAAAAAGAGAAAAGAGAUCAGAUUUUAUCGGACAAAUUCUCAGCAAGUGUCCGUCACUGCUACAACAAACGAAUGCUAAAGGUCAAACUCCUUUGCACGUUGCAGCAAGGUAUGGACAUUCUGCUAUUGUGAAACUUCUAAUCAAGUCUUGUGCAAAAGCCAGAGAUGGAGAUUUAGAGAAGCUGGGAACGGAUCAAGUAAAUGCAGUGAGGGAGAUGCUGAGGAUUACGGAUCAGGAAUCCAACACGGCUUUACAUGAAGCAGCAGGGUGUGGCAAUGUCAAAGUGGUGAAAGCAUUGUUGGAGUUUGAAGACCCUGAUUUUCCGUAUUCUGCCAACAAAAAACAGGAGACUCCACUUUACAUAGCAGCUAGGAGGCGAGGAUCUGGGCGCUUGUUGACUCUAUUAUUAGAUAAAUUCAGAUCAGCAGCAGCUGAUGGCGGCCCCCAGGGUAGAACAGCUUUGCAUGCAGCAGCUAUGGCUGGAGAUGCAGAGGCAGUAAAGGUAAUAUUAAAGAAGAAGGGGAAUUUGACAAAGGAAAGAGAUGAAGAUGGACGCACCCCUCUUCAUUAUGCUGCACACUUUGGUUCUAGAUUAUCAGUUGUGGAAGAACUGUUAAAAAGGGAUGUAUCAGCUGCCUAUAUAGGUGAUAAAAAGAGGGGGAUGACACCCCUUCUUAUGGCAGCCAGGCAAGGUAAUGCUGGAAUAAUUUCGAAGAUUCUCUCUUUAUGUCCAGAUUGUUGUGAAGAAGUGGACAAUAAAUGUUUGAAUUUACUUCAUUAUCUGGCAUUUAGAGGCUCUUCCACUCUAUUUGGGCGUUCUUUUUUCAAGCUUGGUGGUAUUAAGAUUGCAUAUGGAUCACUCAGAAAUCUGAUGGAGUUGGAAGGUGACUUUGGGAUGACACCUCAAGAAGUUUAUAAUGCACUUCAAGAUGAGAAACAUCAUCAUAAACAGGUCAUGUGUUUGCCCAUAUAUAUUGCAUUUCCAUGGCUAUGCCUGCUAAUGUGGGUGGCAUUGCAGAAGCAAAUCAAAAAAUUGUUGGAAGAAAUUGAGAAUGAUCAAGUGGCGGAGGAACCAGUUCAUCGCUUUCUUUCACGAAAUGUUUCUACAGAAAGCUCGGAGAUGACAAUAAAUGCUCAUUUAAUAGUGGCAGCACUUAUAUAUACCGUCGCAUUCGCAGCAGCAAUAACUGUUCCUGGUGGUUUGAAUAGUGAAAAAGGGUCAGAGCAAGGCACUCCCCUUUUGAUUGAUAAGGCUGCCUUUAAAGUAUUUUUUGGAACAAAUUUAUCGGCCUUUAUUCUCUCUGUUUUUACCCUCACCAUCCACUUCGGGAUUCUGGAUAUUUUAUUUUCAGGAUUUAGUUUUUGGCAUCAAACAGGAUUUAUUCGAACUGAGUUUGUUUCUUUGAUCCUUGGCUAUGCAACAUUGGCGAUGGUGGUUGCUUUCAUUACAGGCAGUUUUGUGAUCUUAAAACCAACCUACGGACUUCCCGAUGUUCUUUUUCUCAUUAGCCCUGCUGUUUUUUUCUUUGUUUUCAUAUUUACUAUAUACAUACAAUAAUAUUACUUUAUCAUCUAUUGUAAUCUUCUUCCAAUUUUAGUAUCAAUAUUAUCUCUUUGAAGAAAGAUUUCUUCAAAUA